AUGGUCUCCAUCAAGGAGAAAUUCCGCUCAGAGUCAUCCUACAUGGGCCAGCCUUCAGAGCCACAACAUCCAAGCACUCUGCGCAAGCGUCUCUCUCUUGGAGACCUCCUAUCCCUAACUCGUCAUUCCAAUACCGCGACCAUAAUGGCAAAUGCUCCCACAGAGCCCUCCGCUCCCGAGCACAAUAAACCCUCCAUAGUGGACUUCCUCGAGCAUAUUUCUCAAAUUCUAUGCCGAGAUGCGCAUCGUUCUUCCUCACAACCCUUCGACGAGCUUCCUAGAGAUGCGAACAAGCUCGAAGGAAUAAUGAAUUACCACCUUGGCCAGCUAGACCGACUUAGGCUUGAACUGGAUCUGCAAAAUGAGACAAUCGAACGAUUGUCACGUACCCUCACGCCAGAGGAUCUAGAACACACAGCUCAGAAGUUGCUGGCGAGGGUCCGAGUAGCUAGGAAUUCGCGAAAUCUGCUUGCGCCGUUUAUGGGAUUUCAUCUGCGGGAGAUUAAGAGGAUUAUUGAACUACGUUGGAAAAUGUCAGGAAAGGACGAGCUUCCCACUCUGUGA